GAUUGUUUUAAUUUUUCUUCCUGAAUUUUCUCAGCAACCAAAUGCAGCAGAAAGGGGAAAUGGAAAAGAAAGCAAAUCUCAUGUUAUUCAUGACCUGAUCCCAAGAUUAGCCAAAGUACUUGUUCUGAAGAGUACGAGUGUGAUUUUUAUGCAUUUCACCACCUUCUAGUAUUUUCUGUUUAUUGUUACUUUGUUGGCACCAUAAUAUCAGCAGUAACCCUCUCUCCUAUGUUACCCAUCCUGCUCUGAUGUCUGGACAUGAACUUAUUAGGAUCUUUAACAGUCUGUGUCAAGGAAGGAUACUUGAAGGAUACUCUGCCAGAUUACUCUUUCAUUGGCAAUUUGCAAAAGGAUUUAUAUUGAUUUCAUGAUCCCCUCCUCUCUUAUGGUUCUUGUUGACAUGAUGUGCUGCGUUGUUGGCCAAUAUGACGAGUUUGAGAGAUGAUAAAAGAUUAAUUAUGUCUCUUCAUGAAUUGAUGCUGUAUGCCUGACAAGAUUAAUUAUUUGUUUCUUUCAACAUGCUCUUCGCAAUCUAUUUGUUUCAUUUUGGUUUUAGGAAGGUUGAUCCAGACCGAUGGGAAUUUGCAAAUGAGGGAUUUUUAAGGGGUCAGAAACACCUGCUUAAGAGUAUUACUCGACGGAAGCCUGCCCAUGGGCAUGGUCAUCAGCAGCCCCAGCAAUCACAUGGACAGAGUUCAUCUGUGGGUGCCUGUGUUGAGGUUGGGAAAUUUGGGCUUGAGGAAGAGGUUGAGAGGCUUAAGAGGGACAAAAAUGUGCUUAUGCAGGAACUUGUCAGGUUAAGGCAGCAGCAACAGACUACUGAUAGCCAGCUGCAGACCAUGGCACAGCGACUUCAGGGAAUGGAGCAGCGGCAGCAACAGAUGAUGUCAUUCCUGGCAAAGGCUGUUCAGAGCCCUGGAUUUUUGGCUCAAUUUGUACAGCAGCAAAAUGAGAGUAAUAGGCGUAUAAGUGAAGCCAACAAGAAGAGGAGGCUCAAGCCAGAUGGUAUCAUUGAGAAUGAGCAUUCUGCUGCUCCUGAUGGUCAGAUUGUUAAAUAUGAGCCCUGUAGGAAUGAUCCACAAGCAAUGCUCAGGCAGUUCAUGAAAAUGGAAUCUUCUCCUCAGCUAGAACCUUUUGACAACAACCACGAGAAUUUCCUACUUGGUGAUGGUUCAUCAUCUUCUAUUGGAGUAGACAGUGGGAGCUCUUUGAACCGCACAUCAAGAGUGACCCUUCAGGAGGUCCCACCAACUUCAGGGCCGUCAACCUUUGUGCCAGCAGGUGCAGGGAUCUCAGGGCAUGGACCCACAGCUACUAUAUCUGAAGUACAGUCUACAUCCCAUGUCACUACUUCUGAAAAAAUUUCUACAGCUCAGUUUCCUGAUAUGAGUGCUGUGGCUAGAGCACAAGAUCCACCAUCCAUCUCUGUUCCUUCCGAAGAUGUAGUUAUGACUGAACUUCCCCAAAAUCCAGAAAUGGUGCCAGAAAGUAUUGUUGAUAUUCCUACAGAAAAUUAUUUGGGGUCUGAAGCAGGGGAUGAUGGAUUUAUUGAUACAAGUCCAAUGGGAGUGACUGGUUCCAUAGAAAUUAAUGCCAUUUCUCCAGAUGAAGAUAUAGAUGCUUUGCUGGCAGAUUCUAACUUCUGGGAAAACCUUUUAAUGCAAAGUCCUGUGCCUGAGGAUAUUGAGCCAGCCUCAGUGGAUGGUAGGAACGAGGGAAGUGAAGGGCAGGCAGUGGACAAUGGAUGGGACAAAAUUCAGCAUAUGGAUAAUCUCGCAGAAAAAAUGGGUCUUCUUACAUCAGAUAGCAAGGGGGUUUAAUCUUGCCAAUGGAAUUGUGUAAUUCUUUUUACCAGCAUCUGAGGUAAACCCCAGUGUCAAUCAAAACACCCUCCAUGGUCACAUGAUCCUCUUGUCUAUAUAUAUUUUUUUACUUAAAAACAACUGAUUCAAUCUGUAGACUGUAGCCGUUCAUUUUGACUUUGCUUUUGCACAUAUAUCGACGCUGUUUCAAUUUAGAUUUAUUAUUUUCCAGUGCAAUUUCCCGGUUC